AUGGCGACAGAGGCGACGACAUCGGUUCUACAAUCUUUAACAUCUACGACACUCACCACAUCACUACCGUCGACUACAGCCCCUGAUAUACCACUCACUAUUCUUGUUCGCGGUAGCAUCGAAGGCACCUCCGACUUUUUCCCCUUUCUCGACAUCGCCAGUCUCGGCUCUGGCUCCGAUGAUGUCGACUCUGGACUCACCUUCAAAGAACUUUUUGCCACAAAUCUCAAUGGAGGUCAAGAGAUUAUUCUCUUUAGCUCAGGAUGCCAUAUUGACGGUGUAGCCGAUUGUACGAGCGCCUGCAGCAACUCGAGUCUCUUCUUCAGCUCUCUCGAGACCUUCUACAACUGUGCCGCCCUCGCUGCAGCGGCGCAUUGGACUCAGGAUACGAAAUCUUACUAUAUCAGCCAAGAAACAGAACGGAAUGCCAGUGCUGUAAUGGGAUCUGGUACUUUGGCUGAUUUUGACGGGCGACCGGUGCUGAAGUCUCUCAUCGCCUGUGCCCAGGAUUCUUGUGAAAAUGACGGUCUGAGCAAACCUUGCAACCGAACAAUUGACCGCCUCUCCUAUGAGGACUCAUCGCCCGAAGAGAUAUUUGAGGCUCUGGAUGAGUUUUGUCCGGAAUUGCCAGCAGAGGUAAAUCCAGAUAUUUUUGGUCCAGGUGUUCUCAUCUCAUAUGUCCUUCAAGUUUGCUUUGCUUCGUCGCUGUAUCUGCUGCUCAAAGGCUUCACUCUCUGGGUCACCAUCACGCAAGACACUAAUCGUCGCAAAUCGGAGCCCAAGCCUUAUCGUCUGAAGCGCAGCUUGACUCGCAUUGAGAGUAUGAUAUGGCGUGACUCUGGCGGUCUAUCACGCACGAGUAUCGCCAUUGCCACCACCUUGGUCGAGUUUCAAGAAGCCCAGUGUUGGUUUGUUUUCGCCGUUCAAAUUGCAUCCAUUCUUGCCAUUGUUGUCAAUUCACAAGAGGGCACUUUCUGGGGUGAGAUUAUCGUCAACGGUGCAAUUGCAUAUCAUGUCAGUUUGAACGGGAUACUUCCUAUCUUUCUCGUGCAAAUAUGUUUGCAUCAUGAAGGUAUUCGCAAUUGGCACACAUUCUUGGGCUUCUUUGUGGAGUAUCUCCUUGCUAUUGUAGCAACUUCACAAAAGAUCUACUUCAAGGACGCAUUCGCCCUAUUCAAAGGCCAGAAUGAGAUAGAAGCGUGCGGGUUCAACCCAAGUCCACGCACGUAUUGCGCCGCGACUCGAGGUAUUGAUGGACAGUCGUUCAGCUUCUUCCCUCACCCUCUGUUAUACAAGAUGGCGUUCCUCAUUCUUGACACCAUCGCCAUCAUUGCUUUGGUGAUUGACCAGCUGGCAUGGACGCUUCGAAAGCAUCAUCAUACCAAACACAUCCAGAUUGGAUCCUAUCGUCUUGGUCGAUGGCCACGUUGGGGCAAGACGCGACGAGGGCUUUUCAUCAAGAGAUGGUUUUGGCGCAUACUUGAAGUGGCGUUCGUCCUUGUCAAUAUCUUGUACAUGAUCUCUCUGACCAAGGUUAUCAACGCCGAGAGUUUUGCUGCUAAGAGAUUCUCUUAUGGACAAAUCAUAGCGCUGACGGUUUGGGGCCCCGUCAUAGUCAAGCUCUUUGAUCUUCUGCUCUCUGGGCCGCCCAAAAACGGCAUGAGGCUUAACUCAGGCCCACCGAGGUUACGUAUCGACAACGUAAUAAACGGUCGAGUGGAUUCAUGUGCAGUUAUCGAGGACGAGAUCGAGACUGACGAAAAGGGCGAUGAACCUGAAUCAAGCGCUCGAGAAGAAGGAUUCAUGAUGAGAGGAGCCCAUACCCUGCAGCUUGGUGAUGCCAGUGGUGAGGGUCGCAAUGAAUCAGAGGUGAUAGAAGCAAAAAGAAGAGCGGCAACGCCAGAUGAGAUAUGGGCUGAGAGUGGUUUGAAGCGGGUUGAACGAAAUGAUGAUUGA